AUGGGCUCAAGCAAUAGUCAUUUGAAAGAGAGGUCAGGAAUCAACGGUAGAGAUCGAACAAUGAUGGAUCAGCCUCAUGCAGAUGGAGCAUACCCCGAUAUGAAUUAUAUCUUCUUUAAAGGUGUACCAAAAAUGAUACAGUACAUUUUCAAGGUGACAGAUGAUAUACAUCGGAUGACUAAUUAUAUCAUGGAUUUACGCAACAUGACUAUCGCACUCAUCUGUCUAUCGUUUUUGGCCGCAGUUUUUUUCUUCAUACGCUAUUUAAAAACUCGCAAUGUGGACAGAAAAGAACAACUUCUAAUAGUUGAUAGACUUGAGAAUCUAGUCAGUGCUAAGCAGUCCUUGCAAUCUAAUACUGGAACAUAUCGUAGCUAUUUAGAUCCAUGGCAUGAUUCAACGAUAAAAACUUCAACAGUGACUCAUGGAAAAGAACACUGUCCUCCUUCACCCUUGACAGCAAACAGUGAGAAAACCGCAGAUAUUCGACGACCUGCAAAUGGCAGAACCCAUACAAACAGUCCUCCAGUUUUGAAAGGUAACGUAAGUUUGAACUUAAACACGUCUGCAUGA